AUGUUCAGCCUUCAGCUCCUCCUUCUUCUUGCUCCCCUCGUCACUGCCCACGUCGGCAUGUGGCACCCCUCCAUGUUCGGUUACGACCGCGAGGACGGCACCCCUAAGCACGCCGUUCCCAUUCGUGAGAUGGACAACUGGGGCGUCGAGCAGUGGUUCAAGAAGGGCUUCGAGAACGACGAGCCUGCCCCUGGCCAGUUCCUCCCCAUCGUUUCCGGUGGUAACUCGGUCUUCGAGCUCUCGUGCCAGCGCGGUUUCACCACCCAGCGCAAGAACCACUUCAACCCCAACCCGGAGCUGUACGCCUGCAACAACGCCGGCGCCCUCCACACCGCCAACCAGUACGGCAAGCCCACGAACCGCGACCUCUUUGGUGGCACCUACAUUGCCAUCUCGUACACCAACGAUAUCCACGCCCUCAAGCCUGAGGACAUGACCAUCAUCUCGGUCAACUGGAACUCUCCCUGGAAGCGCCUCACUCGCUACUACUUCCCCAAGGGUAUGCCCAAGUGCCCUCCCGGAGGCUGCCUCUGCUCCUGGGGCUGGAUUCACACCAAGAACCACGGCGAGGGCUACGGAGACGAGAUGUACAACGAGCUCUACCGCUGCGACGUUACUGGCCAGACGGACGACAACAACAUGGUUCCCAAGGGCCGCGUUCCCGCCUACUGCUACGGCGACGACCGCAAGUGCGUCACUGGCCCUAAGCAGCCCAUGUACCUCUUCGUCAAGUCUGGCGGCAACACUGCCAAGCCCUCCCGCAGUGAGGAGAACCCCACCUACAACUAUCGCUGGGGCUUUAAGGUCGACGGCGCCCAGCAGGACGCCGUCGUUCGCAAGCCUGGACGCCGCCGUGCCUUCCCUCCCCAGGGCCGCCGCGACUUCGAGGAGGACAUCGAUGCCACCGAGUUCUUCCUCGCCACCAACGUUACCGAGGCUGCCGAGUAA